CUUCUUCAUAGAACCAGGAGGCUAGGGCUCAAACAGUGGGAGAAGUUUUGUUUGCCCUGAACCAUGGAUUACCAACAGAAACUGGCUGAAAAACUCACUAUCCUCAAUGAGAGAGGAAACGGGGUUUUAAUACGGUUGAACUACAUUAAAAAGUGUUGUGCAGACCCCAAGCUGCGUCCAGGAUUCCUCACUGAAAAAGCGAUGGAACCUGCAAUCAAAUAUAUCAAUAAGAAAUUUCCUAAUAUUGACUUCAGAGGAAGCAUUCAAAACCUGACCAGCAUCCAGCGUCAGAAAUCUGAGGUGCUAACAGCCACAGCGAGCUACUACGACUCCUUCGUGGAUGUCAUAGAGUUCAGGGAUCAUGUUUGUGAACUGCUGAACACAAUUGAUGCCUGUCAGUGCUUCUUUGAUAUUGCUUUCAACUUCGAUUUCACCAAAAACUACUUGGAUCUGAUAACCACCUACGCGUCUGUCUUCAUCAUGCUCAGUCGAAUCGAUGACAAGAAGGCCUUGGUAGGAAUGUUCAACUGUGCUCAUGAGAUGACCAAUGGGAGCAGUGACCCCACGUACCCCCGGCUUGGACAGAUGUUUCUGGAGUACGACCACCCAUGGAAAAAACUAACUGAGGAGUUUGGGCCUCACACCAGGUCUGUGACAGCAGCGUUGCUUUCACUGAAGAUGGUCUACCCUCGCAGGAACCUGCCUGCAGAGCAGUGGAGGAGCGCCCAGCUCCUUAGCCUGCUCAGCACUCCAGCUUCCAUGCUGGACCCAGCCUGUUGCGAAACUAUGGCCUGUGAAUACCUGUCUAUGGACAUAAUGGAGCGCUGGAUCGUCAUUGGCUUCCUGCUGUGCCACAACAGUCUCAAUACAAACCAGGCUUCCCAGGAGCUUUGGAAGAUGGCUCUGCGGAGCGGCCUCUACCUCAACCUCACCAGAGAUGAAGUCCUCAACAUACACAAAGUCUCUGAGGACCUCUUUGAUGGCAUAAAAGGAUACAGCAAGCGCAUUGCAGACAUCAAGGAGUGUCGUGAAUACGUUCUGGCCAACUGUGGAGCUAUACACAGAGAGAGGAGGCAUUUUCUGCGAGUAGCGCUGAAGGAAUUAUUCAAAGUUCUGGAAGAUGAACCUGGACUUCUUGGACCAAAGGCCCUAUUUGUCAUGAUGGCUUUGUCAUUUUCCCGUGACGAGGUCCUGUGGCUUGUCAGACACUCAGAGAACAUGCCAAAGAUGAAGACUCUAGACGACUACAACGACAAUCAGAUGGCUGAGCUGCUGUUUCAUAUGGAGAAGUUAAGGGGACUGAUGAGAAAGUACAACCAUGUGGUCCAGCGCUACCAUGUUCAGUACUUGGCACAGUUUGAUGCCUUGCUUCUCAAUGACACCAUACAGAACAUAUAUGUUUGUCCAGAGGAGGAGUCCGUUCUGAUGAGCUCGUUUGUUUCAACCCUUUCUGCUCUUUCUGUUAAACAAGUGGAAAACAAAGAGGAGUUUGAUCUCAGAGGAAUAAGAAUGGAUUGGCUAAGACUUCAGGCCUAUACGAGUGUAAAUAAGGCACCUCUUCCACUCAAAGACUAUCCUGACUUGGCUAAAGUGAUGAACAUGAUCCAGUUUCACACCAGGAUGGUGGACAAUGUGGAAGAAAUGCUCUAUGAGACAUCUGAGCUCUCCAUAUUCUGCUUCUACCCUCGUGUCUUUGAGAAGAUGUUCACCCAGAGCAGCGAGGAGGUGACCAUGAAGCGAUACCUCAUGUCCUUCCCUUUUGUCUGUUCUCACUUCAGUCAGUGUGGACACCCUCUCUGCCCAGAAGAGACGGCGAUACUGGAAAAGCGAAGUCUGCGCCUGUGUGUGACCUUCUUGGAGCAGAUAGCAAAGCAGACGGGCAGUGUUGUGCUGGAGAUAUGUGCUGAGCAGCGCAAUCUCAGUGACCAGUUGUUGCCUAAGCACUGUGCUGAAUCCAUCAGCGCUGCUCGCUACAGAAAGCAGAAGAAACCUAUGCCAAAGAAAGGAGAGGUCCAAAAAGAGAAACCAGGCGCUGAGAGCCUGAGAAAAGACCGGACAGUGGCCACCAACGUGGACAAGAUGCACAUGAUGCUGACAGAGCUCUGCUCCUCCUACAGUCUCGGCAACGACUUUAUGGUCUUUGAACAUGUUGUCGUUCCAGCAGAGUUCCUCGUUUCCCAGCUGGAGAUUCGUCUGACGGAAAUCAUCAUCAAGAUGACCAAUUACAACCAGACCACCCAGGAGAUAACACGUCCCUCUGACCUGCUGGCAGGGAUAAGGUCCUACACGGCCAGCAUGCACUGCCUCUCCAGCUACAUCAACGUGGACGUCACUCGGCUGGUGAAGAGCGUGCUGCUGCAGCAGACACAGCCGCUGGACUCCCACGGAGGGGCGACGCUCACACACUACUACACAACCUGGUAUCUGGAGGCUCUUUUACGUCAAGCAAGCAGUUCCCUGAUUGUCCACUGUCCUACGAUGCAGUGCUUUGUCAGCCAGAGUCCUGAAAACGAACUAAGCUUCAGAGCAGAGGAAUUCUCAGAUGUAUUAGAGCUACAGGCCCUGGCAGAACUGAUCGGUCCAUAUGGCUUGAAGUUUCUGGGGGAGAACCUGAUGUGGCACAUAACAUCUCAAGUCAGCGAGCUGAAGAAAAUGGUGAUUGAGAACAUGGACAUCCUGGUACAGAUGAAAAACAACUUUGACAAGCCUGAGGAAAUGGUCAAUCUAAAAAAGAGGCUGACAGGUGGAGAGAAUGUCCUGAAACGGAUGACCAUCAUCGGCGUGAUCCUGUCAUUCAGAUCCAUGGCCAUGGACUGUCUGAAAGAUAUCCUGCGAAAACAUUGUCCAUUCCUGAUGGCACCCAUCGAAUGUCUGAAGGACUUCAUCUCCCCCGAAACUGACAUCAAGAUGACUAUGAGUGUUUUUGAGCUGGCUUCUGCAGCAGGACUGAAAUGUGAUAUAGACCCUGCUCUUGUUGCGGCUAUCAGCAACAUGCAAACAGAUAACAGUUCGGUGGAAGAAGAGUUCAAGCUCUCUCGUUUGUUACUGGUCUACGUCGCAGUGUCACUGCCGACCCUCGCGCUGGACCCCAACUCCCUGUACAGCCGAGAACACGGAGGUCACAACAACAACAUCCACUGUUUAGCUGCAGCGAUCAAUCAGCUGGCUGCUGCCAUGUUCACCGUCCAGAACAAAAACAUCGAGCAGCAGCUCAAAGAGUUCCUCCUGCUGGCUUCCUCCACUUUGCUUCAGCUGGGACAAAACUUUGAACGGGUGGAAGUCAAAAACCGAGAGUCCAUCUACCUGCUCCUGCACAUGAUUGUGGAGGAAUCUCCGUUCCUGAGCCAAGACAUGCUGGAAAGCUGCUUCCCGUACGUCCUCCUCCGAAACGCCUACAGGGAGGUGCACAAGGCUUUCAUCCUUACUUUGGCCUGAAGACUUUUUCUCUAGAUUUUUUUUUUUUUGACCCAAAAAGCAUUUCAAUGCAGACAUGUUCUGUUUGCAUUUCUCUUCUGCUUUCACCCAUGUGUCCCCUGUUGUUAAUCAGGACUUAGACUUUUAACCUGUCGAUUGCUGAGAGAGAGCACAUUUUAUUUACUUACAUGUAUUCUCAUUUUAUUCUGUUAAUACAGGCAUGUGCAAUUUAACUUUCUUUCAUAUAGAAUAAAAAUACAACUGCUUUACGGUCUCUAUUUUUAUAAUUAGUACAAACAACAAGUCAGGUAUGUUCUUGUUGUGUAUAUGAGAAACAUUUACACUUUUGACAUUAGCACUCCAAACACAUUGUAAUGUCUUCUGACUGUGAAUAAAGUGAAUCAGGAAAGUUCCA